AUGCCCGCCAAAUCGCGAUUCACGAGGCUCGACGCCUUCACCAAGACGGUCGAAGAUGCGCGCGUGCGCACAACAUCCGGUGGAAUCGUCACCAUAGUCAGCUUGUUGGUUAUCUUCUGGUUAACGUGGGGCGAGUGGGCCGACUACAGGAGAGUGACUGUGCGACCAGAAUUGGUGGUUGAUAAGGGCAGAGGCGAACGCAUGGAAAUUGCCCUGAACGUAACGUUCCCACGGGUACCAUGCGAGCUGCUCACACUCGAUGUCAUGGAUGUCUCUGGAGAGUUGCAGAUGGGUGUCACGCAUGGCAUCAACAAGGUGCGAUUGAGUCCUGAGAAGGAGGGCAGCAAGGUUAUUGAUAUCAAGGCUUUGGAUCUGCACGCGGAUGAAGCGUCACAUCUUGCUCCCGACUACUGCGGCGAAUGUUACGGCGCACCUGCCCCCACCAACGCAAUCAAGCCCGGCUGCUGCAAUACCUGCGACGAAGUCCGCGACGCAUACGCCUCGAUAUCUUGGUCUUUCGGUCGUGGAGAGGGAGUCGAACAAUGCGAGCGGGAACACUACGCCGAACAUCUCGACCAACAACGUCAGGAAGGAUGCCGUCUUGAGGGCAGCAUCCGAGUCAACAAGGUUGUCGGUAACUUUCACAUCGCGCCUGGAAAAUCGUUCUCGAACGGUAACCUACACGUUCACGAUCUCGAGAACUACUUCAAAGACGAGUACGCGCAUACCUUCACCCACAAGGUUCACCAGCUUCGCUUCGGCCCCCAGCUUAGCGAUGUCGUUGUCCAAGACAUGCAGAGGAAGCACGCAGGCUCUGGCGCUGGUGGAUGGUCAAACCACCACAUCAACCCCCUUGACAACACCGAGCAACAUACCGACGAAAAGGCCUACAACUUCAUGUACUUCAUCAAGGUCGUGUCGACCGCUUACUUGCCACUCGGCUGGGAGAACCAGCUUCCUCGUUCCGCAAAACAUGAUGAGCUCCUUGGCGCGACCAUUGACGCUUCAUACAAGGGCAGCAUUGAGACGCACCAGUACUCUGUGACCAGCCAUCAUAGGAGUCUGCAGGGUGGUUCUGAUGAGAAGGAGGGCCACAAGGAGAGGAUUCACGCUCGAGGUGGUAUCCCCGGUGUUUUCUUUUCUUAUGACAUUUCACCCAUGAAGGUCAUCAACCGCGAAGCCCGUGAAAAGUCCUUCUCUGGCUUCCUCGUUGGUCUCUGCGCCGUGAUCGGUGGUACUCUUACCGUCGCUGCGGCUGUGGACCGCGCGUUGUACGAGGGUGUCAACAGGAUCAAGAAGAUCCACUCAAACUAG